UUUUUUUUAAACAUAUCAGAAAUGAAAGGUUUGAAAAUUGGAUCUCGUCCUUUAUAUUCAUAUAAACUAUCAAUACCUGCCAUUGUACUAAAUAUUAUUGCUAAUGAUUGUGUAGCGUCACAAAUUCCUUUACUACAAGCUAUUACUGUAGUAAAUGUUGAAGCUAAUCUAUCUAAAGGUGAAUUUCUAAGAUCUAAAGAAGCAUCUCUUAUUAAUUUUCUAAGAUGUUUAUAUCUAUGAAUUGAAGUUAAAAUAUGGCUUAUUGAAUAAGCAAAUGUAUUAAUAAUUAAAAUUAUAUAAAUAACCAUCAUUAAAGUUUUUUCUGUAUUUAAUUUUAAAGGUAAUUGUGUUAAUAAAGCUAGACUAGAUAAACCCCCAAAUAGUCUAAAUAGUCUUAGUCAAAUAUUAUUAUAAAAAUUUAAUAUAUGAAAAGGUAAAGUAUUUCUUGCUAUACCUUUUUUAUAUGCAAUAUACAAUGAAUUUAGAUUUUUUUAAUUUAACAUUUUUAAUUAUAUUAAAAAGUAAUAUUAAUACUUGUCUCUUACAUAUAUAGUAAUUAAAACUAUAUACUAUGUUAAUUUAUAAACUUAUUAAAAAAGAAAUUCUAAAUCUUAAAAUAAUAUUAUUUACAGAAGUUUUAUAGAAGUUUUAUAAAAGUUUUAUAGAUGUUAUACACUAUAAAAAAUAUAUUUUCAUUAAGAUAUAUAGAAAUUAGAUAAAAUUAUAUAGUAAAUAUAUAUUGUAUUUAUAAGUUUCUUUUUCUGUUAUUAUAAUAAUAUUAUUUUAAUUUUAAUUAUAAUAAACAAAAUGAGAUUAG